AUGCUGUCAAAGCUCCAGGCUCCCAUGGCCUCGGCUGCGCCGAGACGGCCUGCUGGCCGUAGGGUGGCAACCCAACAAAGGGCUGAGUCCCUGAAGGAGGCUGCGCCUCAAGAAGGAACGCUUCCUUCUCCAAUGGCGGCAGCGCCGCACCCGCAAGAGGACUUUCGACGUCAUGGUCGUGGCCCCGGAUCGACGCACUCCGAGCCAAUAGGUGGCAGGGGAAAAUCCAUUGGGAAAGGCCAGAUGCAUGCCCAGCCCAUUCCUGGUCAGGGAUGGUUCACAGAUGGGCGCCAGUGGUGGCCAGUGGACCCUGCAAUGAUGAUGGCUUCAUGGUCGUCAACGCCCUACUCAUCAUGGAGUUUCCUGAGCCAGCAGACUCAGGUGAACCCCAUGGAGUCCGAGAAGAUCGGAAAGAGCCAAUAUGGCACUGGCACGAGGACGCAGACGAAGACCAAGACUGAACCAGAAGCCGAGAAGCCAUCUAAGAAGGAUAAAGGCAAGGACAAGGAGAAGAAGGACGACACAGGUCGAAAAGGGAAGAAACCAAAGGAGGAGCCUCCCGAGGAAGAUCCGCCCGACUGGGGCGACGGAGACGAUGGAGAAGACCCAGAUGGGUCGGAUUACACCUAUGAAGAAGAGAGCGAGGAGGAGGAACUCCAAGAGCCAGACCAGGAGGUCGAAGUCACACCUCGGUCUGCGGUCAAUCUGACACCGAGGAGCGCAGAAGGUGGAGGAGCCGGGCCGCGACCCGAACAGGCCAGGCAGCGACCUGGACCCAAGCGACGCGCGGCGGCGCACAGGGUGCAUCAGGCGGCAGCAGAUCCGCCUAACAGACGCAGACGUGGUGGAGCACCACCGGAUGGCAGCGGCCCUCCAUCCACAGCUGGUUCGGGUGCACCUUCAAGCCGAAGAUCAUCGACGAUGAACACGGAUUCAGUUCGAGACCUACUGCAUCAGCGAGACAACCGCCCUGAUGGAAGGGCCAGGGCAAACCUGGGCCAAGUGAGACUGGAGACGUUCUCCGGAGACAGGUCCCAGUACCGCAACUGGAUGAAGACGAUACAGGCUCAGAAACAACUGUAUCAAAUCCAGGACAACGAGCUGGCGGUGCUGAUGUUUUUGAGCACGACAGGAGAAGCUCGGGAGGUCUUGAAUCAGCUGGAGGUGGCCGACAUGCAGCAGGAGGGAGGCCUUCAAAGGCUAUUGAGACUCCUUGAGGAGGCUUAUGGGAGUAAGGCGGAUGAGAGAUUUGAGGAGAGGCAGUCCGCUUUCCUCAAUUACCGCCGCUCUCCUGGCCAAAGCAUAGCUGCCUAUCUAGCAACGCUCAAGCGUUUGCGCACCGAGUACUUGCGCGAGGACACAGGCACAGUCAUAUCUGACCGCGCAUUUGCGCAGCGGAUGCUGACCAGAGCUGCACUGACACGCAAGGAAAGGUACGACUGCUUCUUUGCGGCGGGCGGUUCUUACCGCUCGGCCCCAAUAGAGAAGGUCUUGAGGUUCCGGUGUGCGCAGAUCCACCUGGACGAACACCCGUCGAGCCGACGGCAGGAAGACCGCGCCGGUCGGGCUGUGCAGCGCCAGCCGCAGAGGAAGAAGGUCUACAAGAGAUCAGACCGCCGAGGUCCCUACAGGCCUACGAGACAUACCCAUGUGGUGGACGAGCAAGAAGAUGAGGGGUAUGACUAUGAGGAGGCCUACAACGACACGGACGACGAGGACUUCGAGCAGGAGGCACUCAUGGCAGAGGAGGACAUGCCCGAAGAGGAGGAUUGGUCACAGGAAGAGUUCGACGAUGAAGAGCUCGAUGAUGUGGACCAAGCGGCCCUCCAGGAAGCCUUUGCAGCUGGAUGGAAGGCAAAGAACAAGACUGCAGCAGCCAGGCAGUCAAGAGGAUACAAAGGCGAUGGAAAGCCUUCGAAGGGCAAAGGAAAGGGCAGGCGUCCAGACUCUCGCAACCCGGAAGAAAGGAAGAAGAACUCGACCUGUGCAUCGUGUGGGCAGAAGGGUCACUGGAGAGGAGACAGUGUCUGCCCAAAUGUCAGGUCUGGAAAGGAUGCACCACAUCGCAAGGAGAACUCCACCAACUACACCACCGGCAGGUCCAAUCGAGGCAGCGCCUCAAGUGCCGCUGGAGGGGCCCGCGAGCCCCCACAAGAUGUCCGAGAACGAGAUGAUCGAGAACCUCUGCAGAGGAAGCUGCACCCAAGCGGGUUGAAGAGCACUGGGAAGGCUGCGCCCCCAGAACCUCCUUCACCUCCCCGGAGAGGAGCAAUCGACAAGUCUCCAGCAGACACCUUUGUGGUCCCGAGAGCACCACGGGAACCUCCACCACCAAGGAGACAGCCGCCGGAGCCAGAUCACCCCCCUCCAGGUAGGAGGAGACCUGUGGAAGCAGCCUCACCUCCGAGGCGUGAACCCGAGUUGGAACCCAAGGCGGAGAACUCUCCAGAGAAGUCCAAGCCGAAGAGAAGAAAGCAUUCGGCAGGGGAAGAUCGAACGAGAAGAUCAACUGGAGAGGAACGAGACAAGAAUCGAGACAGAGAUCGUGAUCGUGGUCGACGUCGUCGCCGACAGGAGGAGGAGCAGGCGGCUGCAGCCGGCACAGAAGAACCUCGUGAGGCAGCUGCCAACGAGGAGGCCUUUGUCUCGCAGCCAUCAUCAGGUGUCACAGCGCGGCAGUGCAACUGGACACUGAUGGUUGGCUCAUGGGAUGUGAUCAAGGACUACAACUCUGAGGCAGAGGAGACGGUCUCAUCUCAUUCGGACACAAGCGACAGCGAGAUUGACGAGUACGUCAAGAAGUAUCAGCUGCAUGACCCACCAGCGAUGAAGAAAACCACCAAGGAAAAGCUGAAGGUCAAGCUGCUGACAGUUUUGAAAUCCCUGGCAGAGGACGAGGAGGAUGCCGAAGUGAAGAAGCGCUUGAAGCGCAAAGAGAAGCGCCUGCAGGACAAGGCGGCAGCUCGAGCCACUGGCUCCCAGGCUUCUGGAUCAGAGGCACCCAAGAAGUCAAGAGCCAAGAAGGAGACCCCGGAUCCGAAGUUGGAUGAGGAUAUGGGCCUAUCUACAGCGGAUUUGCUCCAGCUCCUGCCGCACAUGAGCAAGGAGGAGAAAAAGAUCCUCUACCGCCAGUUGAAGAGGGAACGUGAAGACGAGGCGGUGAAGCUCUUCGGGAAGAACGCGGCCUCAAGCACCCCAACAAUGAUGAAGAGGCCGGAUCGCCGCCGCGAUGGGUACUCGGCUGCGUCCGUACCUUCUGGAACAGUGGGCCGCGGCCUAAGAAAGGAGGACGUGCAGGAGCCUCCGGACAUGGAAGCCACGAUGCCCGUUGGAGUUCGGAAGAAGCGCAUGGACCAGUUCAGGAAGGAGCUCUACGAGGCGGCGAAGAACAGAAAAGGGCGCGUGGUACCAUCUGAGGCGUCGGACUUGCCGACAGCUGAACAGGAAAAUUGCCCUCACCCUUUUGAACGACUGUUGUGGGGAGCAAACUCGAAUGCCCAAUGGGCAAGCUGCCGAGACUGCAAGCUUCGAAAGGUGCUGUACUAUUCGGCUAUGCAUGGCGCAAUGGCAGUGGACCAGACUAUGCCGGACAUCCUGGAGGAGGACAAUGGAGCGUACCACUCCAACAUCCUGGCCCCUGGCCAUGUCAUUCUGGACACAGGGUGCAGAACAGCAGUGGCCGGUCGAAACUGGCACAACAACCUCCAGGAGCUCAUGCGCCAGAAAGGGAUGCCUUUCUACAAGGCAUACCAUGAAGAGGUGUUUCGCUUUGGUGCAGGGGCCCCAGUUUUGAGCACAGAGGCGUUCAUCUAUGCCAUCCAGAUCUAUGACCACAGAUCGUGGGUUCGCAUUGCCGUUGUGGACAAUACUCCAGAGGAUGGCAGGGUGGCAGAAUGCCCUGGAUUGGUGGGCCCGGCAGAGCUGGCCAGAUGGAAAGUCCAGAUCGACUUUGCCAAGCUCCAAGUUGCCAUCCAUGGCAAGUGGCAGCCAACAGUUUUGAGUCCUUCGCGACACCCCAUCCUGAACUUGCUCAACGUGUGCAACCGUCCAGAUCCUGGUCAAUGGGAGGUUGGCGAGCUCAAGGAGCUGAGGCAGCGCCUCGCGGCAGAUCCACAUUCAUUUGCCCUCCUGCAGGAGGCACUUGAUGAGCUGAGCUCUGAUGCCGGCAGCGCCGGGGACGAAGCACCAAACUAUGAGGCUGUGCAUUGGACGGCACAGCAGCUGGAUUCGAUGGCCAAAUGGCAACAAGACACCGAGGCGGAGGCCAUCAAUCUGUUGGACGUCAUCGGCACGGAAUGCUUCCGGGUCACCACAGGUGGGGAGCGUGACGAUAGCUCCACUGGAUCAAUCAGCGAGAGAGAGAGUGAAACCUCUCAUGAAGGUGGACUUCCAAUGGUCUUGGAUAGCAGUGCAGAGGAGUCCACGAGUUCAGAGGAGGAGCUGCCCGAUGAUGUGAUGAUGGCCGGCAGCGCCGGUGACACAGAACAGCUGACCAAAGGUCAGAAGAGGAGGCUGCUUUCAGCCACCAAGCAGGUGAGCGAAGCGGUUGAGGUCGAGUGCGAUCGACGCCGCAAGGAAAAGGAAGUUCCACGCUUUCGACGUCUGAGGACAGGGCUGAAGAUCAUGGAGAUCUUCACUUGGAGCUGCAUGCUGUCAAGGUUCGCCUAUGGUCUGGGAUGGGAGUACCUAGAACCAGUCACACUCCCUGGCUGGGAUCUGACAGAUCCUCGCAUUCAACUGGAAGCCCAUGACUACAUCGACAAGGUGGACCCCGAUUUUGUCAUGUUGGCAUGGCCCUGCGGGCCCUGGUCGCUGCUCCAAAAUCUGAACAGUAAAACGUGGACGCAGCGCGAAGCAUUGCAGCACAAGAGAGAGACAUCGAGGAAGCUCCUCAAGUUCUCUGCACAGGUGUCUCUCAAACGACAGAAGCGUGGCCGCGCCACCUUGGGAGAAAACCCGCUCACAAGCUUGGCUUGGAAAGAAGACCCAAUCAUCGAUGGUUUUGGUGAUUUCCCGCAAGGGAUCUGCGAGCAGUGCCAGUAUGGCCUGAAACAUCCAGAAAAUCGGAUGCCUCUCAAGAAAGCCACAAGGUUCGUUGGACAGGAGGAGAUCGUGGCCGAGUUGAGGAAGAGAUGCCCAGGCAAUCAUGAGCAUUUCCCCAUCGAAGGUUCUGUCCGAACCAAGGAUGGCACCAUCUCCCUGUCAUCUUGGGCAGGUGGUUAUCCAGUCCCGCUGUGCCGAGCGAUCAUGACUGGGGUGAUCAACUAUAUCCACCGACCAGAUGGCAAGCAGGUCUACGUCUUGGAGGACCACGUGGCGGAAGAAUCCUAUCAGGAUGGUAUGGAUGCAAUCCGAGAAGAGGAGGAACAGAUCGCAGAAGAGCUGGCAGAGCCAGAAGAGGAUGAGCGGCGAGCUGUGCCGCGAGAGGUGCAAAAAGCUGUCGAGUUUGCACACCGACAGUUGGGUCACCCGAGCCGGGAUACCCUCGUGAGGAUGCUGCGCAUCUCUGGGGCAACUGAGGAGGCUAUCCGCCAUGCUCGGCGAUGGCGCUGCGAAGUUUGCAGCCAGCAGCAACCUCCAAAGCACCCCAUGGCUUCAACUCCCACUUUGAGGCCGUAUGGUUUCAAUCGCAAGAUCCACAUCGACAUCAAGUUCGUUUUUGAUAGCCGUGGCCGAAAGUACCCAUGCUUGAGCGCAGUUGAUUUGGGUACAACGUACCACAUGGCAGUGCUACUCAAAACACGACGGUCGGACUAUGUGGCCCAAAAAUUUCUGAGGCACUGGGUUCAGGUGUUUGGAGUGCCUGAACAUAUCACCCAUGAUCAGGGUGGAGAGUUCGAGCUCUCAUUCAUCCAGCUUUUGGAAGAGAUGGCAGUGCCCAGCACGGUGACAGGUGCUCAUGCAGGAUGGCAGCUGUCUGUGGGAGAACGCCAUGGUUCCAUCCUUGGCAAUAUGAUUACAGCGAUCACCACAGAGCACAACUCAGAGGGGUUCAGCGCCAUGAAGUUGGUGAUCUCAUCUGCAGUUGCCGCCAAGAACAUGACGGUGACCAAGGACGGAUUUACUCCAAAUCAACGCCUUUAUGGCGCCGAAAUCAAGUUCCCAAGUCUCACCGAAGACACCGCCAAGCCCACCUUUGCAGAGGCUCUGGACGCGGAAUCGGAAUAUGCCAGAGCUCAUCGCAUGCGCAUUUGCGCAAGGUUGGCAUUGAUCCGCAUGGAUGUACAAGAGAAGUUGCGCAGGGCCAUCCUGCGUAAGCCUGCCCAUGAAGGAGAGGGACCAUUCAGUCCUGGAACCCAGAUCUACUUCUGGACACCAAGGAAGGCCGACAAGCGGUACAAACGUGGUGGACUUUGGCGGGGACCCGCGACUAUUCUCACGCGAGAAAGCAAAGAGCGCUACUUUGCAAGCUGGAGAGGCCGCGCCCUCCUUCUGGCAGCGCCCAACAUACGUUUGGCGACAAAGGAGGAGCUGGCACUUCGUGAGCCUGCGAAGGAGGACGCAGAUGAUUUGGGGGAGUUGCUGCGCGACCCUCACAGGGAGAAGACCUACAAGGACCGCUCGAACCUCAUGAGACAGUUCCGGAAGAGAAAGGCGGAGAAACAGAUCGAAGACCAACCCGAGCCGAAGAGGGUAUCUCGACCAAAGAGGCCCAAGGCUCUCGAAGAUGGACAGGCAGCGCCUGAGGUGUCGCCUCUACCACCUCCACCCGAUCCACUGGCUGGAGAAGAGGAGGAGGUCAUGUCAGAGGCCUACACACCUGGAACACCAAUCAAUGACAAUGAUGGCGAGCCGCCACAUAUCGAUACGGAUGAUGAAGGUUUGGAUGAGCCAUCCGCGGUUGAGGCCGAGCCUCCCACAGUCAGGGCACCGCACGAAGUUCCGGUGCCACCCAUGCAUGAUGAUGAGUGGGAGGCCGAGUUUCUCAAGAAGAUUCCAGGAGAGGAAAGGAGAAGGUUGGCUCUGGAUGACGUGCCAUUUUCCCUCAAGCGAAGGCACGAAGGAAUCGACGAUGCUCAGGCUGAUGAGGCCAUUAAGAGGCUGAGGGCCAAUUUCUGUGCACAGGUGGCCGCGACCACUGUGUUUGGCUCCCUUCAAAAUGAAUGGGUCUCAAGAUAUGAAGUGGACCUAUUGAAACAGCUGACAGGACUUCCAGUCACAGCAGCCAGGAUCCACAGAAGCCCAAGGAAAAGAUUUCAGAGACCCCCGAAGAUGACAAGCCGUUCCAGGCUGAGCAUCCUCAUUGGGAAGAAUCCCGAGGACACCUUCAUCGUGAAUGAGACUGAAGAAGAAGUGCGCCACAAUCCCAGGCGCCGUGCCAGUUUUUACUGGAAAGGAAUGACCAUCUUCUACAAGACGCACAAGGAAGGUGAGACCGAGCCGGUCUACAUUCAGCUCCCUGAUGGUCUUUACAAGGCGGAUUUCAAGCCGCAUGAAGCCCAGGAGUUUGAAUCCUUGUGGACUGAGGAGAUCAAAGACCUGCUCACAUCGGAGGCCUUGAUCCUCAAACUCAAGAAAUGUGGGAAAGAGUUGGAUCCCACCUUUUUCGAUGAGAAGGAGCAGGCUGCCUUUGACAUCUCUGACAAGAAGGAGUGGUCGGAAUGGAUUAAGAAUGGUGUUGUGCAGCGCGUGACACCGGAGGAGGCAGAGAAGAUCCCGCGAGCCAACAUAUUCCGUGCACCACUGCGGAUGCUUCGCACAAACAAGCAAUCAAACCGGCUGCUGCCGUUGGUCGCCAAAUCCAGGUUGAUCGUCCCAGGACACCUGGACCCACAACUCGGCGAGUUCAGGACUGAUAGCCCUACGUGCCCGCAGGCUACAGUUCGGGCAGCAAAAGCGGUUGCAUCCGCACGGAAUUGGGGUGGCACAACAUUUGAUGUCACCACCGCAUUUUUGAGUGGCAAGAAUCUACAGAGGAAGGUCUACAUCAGGGCACCUCGUGAGGGAUUACCCUCUGUGGAGAAGUGGCCACCAAUUCAACCAGGUGAGCUUUUGCAGAUCCUCAAGUCCGCGUACGGAUUGACAGAAAGCCCACGAUUGUGGUACCUGGAGGCCCUUGAUCGUAUGAAGAAAACAGACCUCCAGGAGCUUGAGAUCUGCAAAUCCUGCUUUGUGGCCAGCGGCCAAGAUGGGCGUAGCUACGCCAUACUUUGUCUCCAUGUUGAUGACGGGCUUUUAUUGGGUGACUUGAGCGACCGCAGGGUCCAACGACUCAAGGAACAAAUCAAUGGUAUGUUCACCAUAAAAGCCUGGAAGGAAUUGUCUGCGGACACCCCACUCCAAUUUUUGGGUGUGGAUGUGACCCAAGAUGCCCGCGGCAUCUGUGACGACAUGUCCCAGUACAUCAAACAGAUUCGAAUCGAACCUUUGCAAGGAAGUGGAGAGCUGGGACCACGCGAGGUGACAUUGUACCGCCAAUUGGUCAUGCGUUUGCGCUGGCCGGCACAACAGGUGUUACCACAUCUCCUGUACCAGGUGUCCAACCUCGCACAAAGGGUCAACAAAGCUACGUAUGCUGACUAUCGUGAAGCGGUUAAACUUCACGGUCAGUUUUUGGAUGAAGUUGAAAAGGGCCGCGCCCGACUUUUAUACCCCAAGCUCAACGAGAAGGACAAGCUCUUCUACGUCAGCUACUUCGAUGCUUCGGUUGGGAAAGAACAGGACGGCAAAUCACAGCUUGGAGCCGUCCACUUUCUUACAACAGAGCAAGCUCGAAAAGGGCCAGCGCCAGCUUCAGUGAUCGAGUUCUCAACGAACAAAAGUGGUCGGGUGCUACGCAGCUCUAUGUCAGCGGAAAGCUGCUCUAUGAGUGGAUGUGUUGACCGACACCUAUAUGGGCGUCUGGUCAUUGACCGACUCCUUUUUGGAAAUCGACCCCUGGAUGCCAACUGGCGUACAUCGAUGGGCCUGGACGGUGGCGUUGUGACGGACGCCAAGAGUUUGUACGACCACCUCUCCACGACGGGCCAAUUGCCGACAGAGCGGCAAACAAUGCUCGAUUUGAUGGUGUCGCGACAUCAUUUGGAGAGUGGUGCCUAUGAGCUUUUCUGGGUACCUACGCAUAGGCAGUUUGCAGACUGCCUGACCAAAAAGAUGGUCUGCCUCCUGUGGCAGAGUUUCUGUCAAGUGCCACGCAUCUCCCUGCGUGAAACGCCGGAGGAGAAGGCACUGGAGGACCAUCGACGCAAGCUGCGUCAGGGCCAAAGGCAGCGCCGAAAGGCCAAAAUGAAGAAAGGCUGCGCCCCCGCACCGGCUGCGCCGGUUAAUUAA